UAAGGUGUACGAUUUGGGAGAGAAGAAAGAGAAAGAAAAGAAACAAAAAAAAAACAACAGAAAUGGGAUCAAAGUUUCAUGCUUUUAUGUUCCCAUGGUUUGGUUUUGGUCACAUGACUGCAUUUCUGCAUCUGGCUAACAAACUAGCGGAGAAAGGUCACAAAAUCACUUUCUUGCUCCCCAAGAAAGCUCUGAAGCAACUAGAACCUCUCAAUCUGUUCCCAGAAUGCAUUGUCUUUCACACUCUUACCAUCCCUUCUGUGGAUGGUCUCCCUGAUGGCGCCCAAACAACCGCGGAUAUACCAAUCACCUUAGGGGGCUUUCUGGCCUCAGCUAUGGAUCGCACACGCGGUCAGGUCGAAGAAGCGGUUCGAUUAGGUAAACCGGAUCUGAUUUUCUUCGAUUUUGCUCACUGGAUUCCUGAAGUAGCUAAAGAGUAUGGAGCCAAGUGUGUGAAUUUUCUAACGAUUUCCGCAGCAUGUGUAGCUAUCUCAUUUGUCCCUGGUCGUAGUCCAGAUGAGUUAACUGUUCCUCCUCCGGGGUACCCUUCGUCCAAGGUGGUGCUUCGCGGACAAGAAACCAACUUCUUGUCGUUUUUAUCCUAUCCCUUUGGUGAUGGAGUAACGUUUUACGAACGGAUCAUGACAGGGCUUGUUAAAUGCGAUGUCAUAUCGAUAAGGACUUGCCAGGAAAUCGAAGGAAUAUUCUGCGAUUUUAUUGAAAGGGAAUUUCAAAGAAAAGUUCUCUUGACGGGUCCAAUGCUUCCUGAGCCGGACAAUAUCAAACCACUAGAAGAUCGAUGGCAUCAAUGGCUGAACCGGUUUGAACCAGGAUCAGUAGUAUACUGUUCGCUUGGCAGCCAAAUCAUUCUUGAGAAGGAAGAAUUUCAAGAACUCUGUUUAGGAAUGGAGCUGACCGGUUUACCAUUUCUUGUAGCGGUAAAGCCACCAAAAGGCGCAUCUACGAUCCAGGAAGCCUUACCAGAAGGGUUCGAAGAUCGGGUUAAGGAGCGUGGAGUGGUUUGGGGAGAAUGGGUGCAGCAGCCACUGAUAUUGGCUCAUCCAUCGAUAGGUUGCUUUGUGAGCCAUUGUGGAUUUGGGUCAAUGUGGGAGUCUCUAUUGAAUGACUGCCAAAUAGUGUUUAUUCCACAUUUGGGUGAGCAAAUAUUCAACACCAGGUUAAUGAGCGAGGAACUUGAGGUUUCGGUGGAGGUGAAAAGAGAGGAAACAGGAUGGUUUUCAAAGGAGAACAUAAGCGGUGCGGUUAGGUCAGUGAUGGACAAUGACACCGAGCUAGGGAACCUAGUAAGGAGGAACCACGCCAAAUUGAAGGAGUCUCUACUUAGCUCUGGAAUAAUCAGUGGUUAUGCCAAUAAGUACGUAGAAGCACUUGAGAAACUAGUCUAAAAGAGACAAAACAUGAAAUAAAUUGCUUUGCAAGGAAACUUUGUUGGUCUUAAAUAAUGACGUCAUGUGAAUAAAGGAUGUCAUAUCGCUCGACUUAUUUGCUUAUUUUGUUAAUCACUUAUGAAUAAACGAUGUCAUAUCGUUGGUCUUGUAUGAAUUUUACAUGAGGAUUCCAUGCUUCUUCAAUAAAUUUCGAUCUCUUGUGUCA